CCUUAAAGAAUGCAACACUUAUCUCUUGAAUUAGUCGAGUUGAUUGCAAGCUACUGUGUCUCUCCAAAAGACAAAGCAAACUUAUGUCAAGUCAAUCGCCAUUAUUACUCUGCUGUCAUUCAUUUACUCUAUAAACACAUAAUGAUUACAAGUCCUAGACAAUACGUUCUUCUAAAGAAUUCUCUUUGCCAUUCCAAGUCACUCUCCCAUUGUGUCCAUAGACUUGACUUCUCAAGUUAUACAACGAGGGGAUCCCGAUGGUCAGAAGAGAGAGCUAAAUCAGUUCUACUUCCUGAAGAAUUGGCUUAUUUGAUUGGCUGUUGUGAUCUAUUACAAGAACUUUUGAUUGGAGAAGAAAUGGUAUACGCAUUUGUAUCGCCUCAAGUCAUUCAAGCCAUUUUUAAUCACCAGAAAAUCAAGUUACGCACGCUUGACUUUACUGGUUUCUGUGACCGUAACGUAUCUAGUUUGCUUGCUGAACCUGUGAAUACAAAAAAACAAAAAACAAACAAUCAACAACACACACAGGUGUCUUCAUGGCUGAUACCUAAGCAAUUAUCCAAUGUCUCAUUCUAUAUGUGUAUGGCAUUCUCUCAAGACAAGUUCUUUAUACCCUUCUUUAAAGAAUUCUCAUCCAGCGGAAAUCAACUGAAAAGAUUGGAUCUGGCUUACACACAAAUCAAUAGUCAACUAUUUUCCUAUCUCUUACAAGGCAGACAAUACCAAACAUUGACCCACCUGAACCUUCAAGGAUGUCAUUCACUCUCGUGUUGUUCACCCUUGAUUGAGUUUAUUGAACGCUGUGAAAACUUACAACAUCUUAAUCUCAAUAUGGAUUUUAAUGGCAUUGGUGCCUCAAGGUUCUGUCAUGAAUGUAUCUAUAGACUAUUGAAAUCAAGGUCAACUGUCAGACUGUUAGAUAUGGGAGGACAUGUCAAUGUGAGUCCUGCUGUAUUGACGCGGUUAAUGACAGAAAAGGUGAUAUUCCCACAGUUAAGACACCUCUCAUUCGCUUACUGCCAAUCAAUCACGCUGGACAUAUUGGAGAAGUUUCUUUUGUACAACCAUCAUGCACACCUUGGUUAUCUCAACUUGGCUCGUACACCGCUGACAGAACUGAAUGGGUCAUUGGUGCACACGAUGAAUCGACUUAAGCAGUUUAAGCAUCUCCAAACAGUUGAGGUCAGUCCUUUUACUUCCAAAAAAUAUCCAUCACAAUUGUUGAAUUAUUGGAAAAUGACAACACAAGGAAGAAGAACCUAUUAUAGUCAACAAGGACAUGAUCCUCGGUUUGUCUAUUCAAAGAAAAUGAUCCUGUUUGAAGAUGGACAGAUGGACACUUUGUCACCUAUGAAUAAGUAUUGGUGUUAUUCUUAUUAAAAUAAACUUCCUCUAUUCAUAUGAAGGAUACAUUUGAC